AUGGAGCCGCUAUGGUCGAAAAUGUCCAUAGAGGAUCGAGUUACACUACGCCCCAUCUUUAAGCCCCAGUCAUUGCGCCGUUAGCCGCAGGACAACAGCGGAUAGGAUAGGAUACUGCCCGCCGGGAAGGUAAAGCCUCCACACUCAUGCCUUGAAAAGGGGAAGAGUUUGAAAUUGCUGUUAAUGGGGAGGAAUCACAUUCACCCGCAGUUCUAAAAAUGAUAGAAACAAUGGAUACACAGCGUGCCUUGCAGGCGGUGGAGCGUCUCCAGGCCAAACUGAAGGAGCGGGGGGAGGUGCCCACCGAGGAGAAGCUCAGCCUGCUCAAAUCGGUUCUUCAGAGUCCCCUCUUCCACCAGAUCCUGGCCUUGCAGAAGUCCGUCCAGCAUCUUAGAGACCAGGGCAGUGUCCCGGUGUCACGUGGGAGUGACCCCGCCGAUCACGUUGCCGCAGUCAAGCCCAAUGGCGGCCAUGUUUCCUACUCUGACACAUCAGCUGCUGCACACAUCAAUGGCAAGACACCAUCCGAAGAAUUUGAACACAUUAUUCACUCCAUGGCACAGGGGCGCUACGUGACACACGUGGAGCUAGAGAAGCCGGUGUCAGGAGGUCUCGGCUUCAGCGUGGUGGGCCUGAAGAGCGAGAACCGCGGAGAGCUCGGCAUCUUCAUCCAGGAAAUUCAGCCGGGAAGUGUGGCUCACUGUGAUGGGAAGCUCAAAGAAGCUGACCAGAUCUUAGCCAUCAAUGGCCAGCCCCUGGACCAGACAGUGACCCACCAGCAAGCUAUAGGCAUCCUGCAGAGUGCUUCAGAGAGGGUGCAGCUCACAGUGGCAAGAGGGCCGAUCCCUCAGCUGGCCAGCCCUGUGGUGUCCCGCACGCCAUCCGCUGCCAGUACACUGUCAGCCAACUCCAGCGCGUGGCAGCACGUGGAGACAAUCGAGCUGGUCAACGAUGGCACGGGUCUUGGUUUCGGUAUUGUGGGAGGAAAGACCACUGGGGUCAUUGUCAAAACCAUCCUUCCUGGAGGCAUAGCCGAUCAGGAUGGCCACCUGCGCAGCGGGGACCACAUCCUGAGAAUUGGGGACACUGACCUGUAUGGCAUGGGCAGCGAACAGGUGGCCCAGGUCCUCAGGCAGUGUGGCAACAGGGUGAAGCUGGUAGUCACCAGGGGUCCUGUGGACGAGAAUCCCUCCGUCUCUGCUAUCAUGCCCGUGGUGCUCCCCACUGUCGAUGAACAACAGGACUAUGAGGAGGAGGAGGCUGAAGCAUUUGAUGUGAGCCUUACCAAGAACACCCAGGGACUGGGGAUCACUAUUGCUGGCUAUGUUGGAGAUAAAAAUUCAGAGCCCUCUGGAAUUUUUGUCAAGAGCAUAACAAAAGACAGUGCCGUGGAUCAAGAUGGCCGUAUUCAUGUUGGAGACCAGAUAAUAGCUGUCGAUGGUGUGAACAUCCAGGGAUACACCAAUCAACAGGCAGUGGAAGUGCUCAGGCACACAGGCCAGACAGUCCACCUUAAGCUGAUCCGGCGGGGGUUCAAGCCGGAAGAGAUCCCCCCUGCUGUGGCCCCCAGUGUCGCCGUCCUGCCCCUUUGUACCACCAUCCCCACCACGACCACAGUCAUGAGGGAGCUAGAGCUGGAGAGGAAGAAGGCUGAGGAGGAUGCUGAAGUCACCACAGAUGAAAAGCUGCUCCAGACAAAGAGUGAAGGAUCUGAUGUCAGCCCGGCCACGGAUCAGCUAACAGAAGACAAACAUGGGAUGAAACUAACAGCCUUUGAAGAAGAAGAACUAAUGAAGAAGUGGCAAGAAAUUCUAGGUCCAAGUAAUGAAGUUGUAGUGGCUCAGGUGGAGAAAUUUAGUGAGAGCAGCGGCCUGGGCAUCAGUCUGGAAGCCAACAGUGGGCAUCAUUACAUCCGCUCUGUUCUACCUGAGGGACCUGUUGGUCGCUGUGGCAAGCUGUUCAGUGGAGAUGAACUGCUUGAGGUCAAUGGUAUAUCCCUAAUUGGUGAAACCCACAAGGAAGUAGUGAGAAUUUUGAAGGAGCUUCCACUCUGUGUAUACAUGACAUGCUGUAGGCCUGCCCCUCACCUGCAGACGGACUUAGAUGCUGUCCAGCCACAGCCAGAAGCUUUGUCCACCACACCUGAAUUAAAGAAGCAAAUAGACCUGAGCAGCGUACUGGUUGCUGAAGACACAGAGGUGAACGCAGCAGCAGCGACACAGGAUAAUGUGACAUGUGAGGAGGCAAUAGGAUCUCCUUUGGCGAUGUGGGAGUUGGCGGUCCAGAAUAUCGAGCUUGAAAAGGGAGAAGGGGGAUUGGGAUUCAGCAUUCUGGACUACCAGGACCCGCUGGACCCAGCCAAGACGGUGAUUGUGAUUCGCUCUCUGGUUCCCAACGGUGUGGCUGAGCAGGAUGGCAGACUGUUGCCAGGAGAUCGACUCAUGUACGUUAACACCACCAACCUGGAGAACGCCAGCCUGGAGGAUGCUGUCCAGGCCCUGAAGGGGGCCAAGCUCGGCAAAGUCCAGAUAGGAGUCGCCAAACCACUACCUGGAAUAUGUGGAUAUUCCCAGUCUCCACACCCAUAUGGUGAGCAGGAAAUUACUCCAUCAUCCACCAUCCAUUCAUUUGACUUCAACAAUAUUUUGGUUGAAGAAGGAGAGGAAGAAGGACUGACUGAGGGCAUCGUUUACCGAGCAGAGCCUGCAUUGAUUGACACCAGCGAAGCAGACCUGUCUGAUGAAAAGGUGUUAGAUCACACUUACACUGGGAUAGAGGACGACACUUUCCAGGCGUCCAUGAUUGCUCUUCAUGGUAGCACCUGCAGCUCAGACCUGGAUUACCUACACUCCUCCACGCCCAAGCUGACAGCUCGCCUGGACUUGUUGGACGAGCAUCCCCGCUUCGCAACAACGUCCGGCCUCGCAGACAACACUCUGUCGUUCUCUCCGGAGAAGGCUGCCUCUUUCACUCCUCCGAGUUUGAGAGGUCAUAUACCAGAUUUGAAUGCCUUACUGAGCAGUUCUGAUCAGUACCCGGCACAGCGCUCGACCAAUGAGGAACCAGUGGAGUGCUCAAACUCAUACAGCACGUUUGCUGAAAAAGGGGCCAGAUCUAACGUCCUGGAAGAACCUAUGGAGUCUCUCCACUAUGAGAAGGAACCACCUGUGUCUUUUGGAGAUAUGGGAGACAUAAAGAUUUUGAUGAAGGACGCGGAGGUUGGUGUGACAGAGUCAGCAGAAGACGGUGACAAGGAAGCGUUGACCUCGGGGAGCAAUUUUGAAAGGACGAUCACAGUUGUCAAGGGCAACUCCAGCCUUGGGAUGACAGUGAGUGCCAUGAAAGAUGGUUUGGGAAUGCUGAUCCGCAGCAUAAUCCACGGUGGGUCGAUCAGCCGCGACGGGCGUCUGGGCGUCGGAGAUCUCAUCCUGGCCAUCAACGGGGAGCCCACAGCCAACCUGACCAAUGCACAGGCUCGUGCCAUGCUCAGAAGACAUUCUCUUAUUGGACCAGACCUGGGAUCUGCUUGUGCACCUGAGGACGAUCUGUGCCCAUUUUAUGUCAUUACAUAUGUUCCAGCAGAGUAUCUGGAGGAGUACAAGGCCAGCCUAGAGCAGCCUAAAGAAGAUGUCUUCUCUGAGACAUCUCCAGUCCCAGUCCCUGUUCCAGCUCCAAAAGAUAUUCCUAACCUCCCCGAACGGGAAGAUGGAGAGGGAGAGGAGAGUGCCUCUUACAGCAACUGGAACCAACCCAGGAAAGUGGAGCUCUUCCGAGAGCCAGGCAAGUCCCUGGGUAUCAGCAUCGUCGGCGGCCGAGGGAUGGGCAGCCGACUGAGCAAUGGAGAGGUCAUGAGGGGGAUUUUUAUCAAGCACAUCCUGGAAGACAGUCCCGCCGGACAGAACGGGACCCUGAAGACCGGAGACAGGAUUGUAGAGGUGGAUGGAGUAGACCUAAGAGAUGCCAGUCACGAGGAGGCAGUUGAGGCCAUACGCAGGGCAGGCAAUACUGUCUCCUUCUUGGUCCAGAGUAUUAUUCACAGGCCCAGGCAGUCGUUGAUAACAGACACCAGCGAGGAGAAAGUUGCAGCGUUGACGAGGGACAACAAGGACAAGGAGGGUGACAGUCACAGUAGACUUUACCUCCGCCUCUCCCCAACUAACCCUUUCACUCCUACCCCGUUUAAGCCGGCAAAGCGUGAGGCGGCGAAGGCAUCUCCCACCAGCGCUGUCCUCCUCCUGCCAGUGGUGCCCCAUGUGGGAGAGACUGAUACAGACACGCUGACAGAGAUUCCUGGCAGACCCACUGAGGCAGAGGAGGAGAACGAGGUGGUGGAGGAGGUGGAAGAGGAGGAGGAUGAGUUUGGAUACAACUGGAAGAACAUAAUCCAGCGCUAUGGCAGCCUCCCAGGUGUCUUACACAUGAUCGAGCUGGAGAAAGGCAAGACGGGACUAGGCCUCAGCCUGGCGGGGAACAGGGACCGCUCUCGCAUGAGCGUGUUCGUGGUGGGAAUAGACCCCAACGGGGCGGCCGGCAAGGACGGACGAAUGGUGGUGGGGGACGAGCUGCUGGAGAUCAAUGGGCAGGUCCUUUACGGCCACAGUCACCAGAAUGCUUCCUCCAUAAUCAAGAGCUCUCAAUCUAAUGUCAAAAUCAUCUUUGUCAGGAAUACGGAGGCGCUGAACCAGAUGGCCGUGGGACCAGUGAGAGAACACGAGGGAGACACAGCGGAGCCCCACGCUGAGCUCCAAACAACUGCUGCUAAUGGCGACGCCGAUAUUUCAAAGUAUAUGCAUCACCUCAUAAAGCUGAAGGAGGACGGAGGACUUGGCAUCACCUUUGAGGAGGGGAACACUGAGAGUGGAGUUGAGAUUCAGAGUAUAGCUGAAGUGAAAGGACACACAGGCAGAGAGGGCUGCAUGAAACCAGGGGACAAACUCUUAGCCGUGAAUGGUGAAUCGGUGCUAGGCUACAGUGUGGAAAAGGUCAAUUCUCUACUGAGAAAAACCAAAGGUCCAGUGAAGCUAACCUUCUCUACAAAUGAGAUCCCCUCCUCCUUCUCCUCUCCCCAGUCAGCCUAUCAGGACAUUGGUUGCUCGGAUGGCGUCCUUGCCAGUCUACCCAGCAUGCCGAGCGCCACCACAACUACCCUGAGUGAACCAGAGGCAGAAGCAGGAAUCAGUCCGAGUCGCUCGUCCACCCCUUCCACUCUGACCUGCGACCCGGCGACCUGUCCCAUCAUCCCAGGCUGUGAGACUACCAUCGACAUCUGCAAAGGCCGCACAGGCCUGGGCCUUAGCAUCGUGGGAGGCUGUGACACCCUGCUGGGGGCCAUCAUUAUCCAUGAAGUUUAUGAAGAAGGGGCAGCCUCUAAAGAUGGCAGGCUGUGGGCAGGAGACCAAAUCCUCGAGGUGAACGGCAUCGACCUGCGUGCAGCCAGUCACGAUGAAGCCAUCAACGUGCUGCGGCAGACCCCGCAGAGAGUCCGGCUGGUGGUCUACAGGGAUGAGACCCAGUACAAGGAGGAAGACCUGUGGGACUCGUUCACCGUAGAGCUCCACAAGAAGCCCGGCCAGGGCCUCGGCCUGAGCAUCGUAGGCAGGAGGAAUGACACAGGAGUAUUUGUGUCCGAUAUUGUCAAAGGAGGUUUGGUGGACACUGACGGCCGACUGAUGCAGGGUGACCAGAUCCUGUCAGUCAACGGUGAGGAUGUCAGGUCGGCCACGCAGGAGGCCACGGCUGCACUGCUCAAGUGCUGCGUGGGGCCUAUAACAAUGGAAGUAGGGAGGUUCAAGGCUGGCCCCUUCCACUCUGAAAGAAGGCUGUCUGAAAGUAGUCAGAUGAGUGAAACCGGGAGCUCCAAGGUAGCCUUCCAGUCUUGUUCAGACUCUGGAACCCCUCCCGACGACCUUGACAAACUAAGUAGGAGUCCAGAUUCUCCAGAGCAUCAGGACACCAGAACGGUUGAGUUCACUAAAGGUCCCAAUGAUUCUCUGGGUAUCAGUAUCGCAGGCGGCGUGGGGAGCCCUCUGGGUGACAUACCCAUCUUUAUCGCUAUGAUGAAUCCCGUCGGGGUGGCUGCUCAGACCCAGAAGCUCAAGAUCGGGGACCGCAUUGUCAGUAUCUGUGGAACCUCUGCUGAAGGCAUGAGCCACUCACAGGCUGUCACUCUGCUCAAGAACGCCACGGGCACAAUACAGCUGCAGGUGGUAGCGGGCGGGGACACCACUGUGACAGGUCCCUCUCAGGAGCAGGCAGCCGGAGGUCUUCCACCCAGCUGCAUCUUCCAAGAUGACCUCGGCCCACCUCAGUAUAAGACCAUCACUCUUGGAAGAGGACCGGACGGACUGGGUUUCAGUAUAGUCGGAGGGUACGGCAGCCCCCACGGAGACUUGCCGAUCUAUGUUAAAACAGUUUUCGGAAAGGGAGCAGCAGCCGAGGACGGCCGUCUGAAGCGAGGAGACCAGAUAAUGGCCGUCAAUGGGCAGACUCUGGAGGGCGUCACUCACGAAGAAGCCGUUGGCAUCCUGAAAAGGACCAAAGGAACUGUCACGCUCACUGUGCUGUCAUAGACACAUAGGCAAACACCCACCCAGUUAAUCCACAUCUAUAGAGAUGGAAAUUUUAACGUAAAAACCUUGCACGUGUGACGAGCAGUAUUUCACAACUAGAAGACUGUGCUAAAAUCACCUCUGAAAAUAUGAACAACCGUACACUGAUAAUCAUGAAGGAGCUUAUUGCUCAAUGUAGCUUUGAACACUGUGAUCCAUGUAAGCCUGUUGCAAGUAGGCUUAUGUAUGCGUCAUGAUAAAAGAGCUUUUAUCACUGAAACCCAUAUAAUGAUGAUAUAUGAUCAUAAAUAGGUUUCCACACAGAUAACAGUUUUAAUUUGUUCCUAUAAGAGAACAGUAUUAGAAUCCAUUCACUCACAUUCCAUGGCUCUGGUAUGAAGUAUUCACUGAACAUUGUGGCUCAAGUAUUUUGCCGUUUCCUGCAAUGAAAUGAACGGAUUGUGAGGUCAUUGUUUAUUAUUAUAGUAUUUUACAACAGAUGGCACCCCCAAAGCAAUAUCAGAAUAUUUCUACAGAGGAGAGGCCUAUUGUUCAAGGUUUUUUUUAUAGUCUGGGGUCUACUUAUAGGGGUGACCUCCCUCUGAAUUCAGAGCACGAAACAGCAUUAAAACGCCCUUGAGGCAAUUAACUGAUUAGCAGGCUUUAGCUAAUGGCUAUAUUAGCUGAUAAUAGCAUUAUUUGUCUUUUACAUUGCACUGCUGUUGGCGAGUUAUCAUACUGAUUUUCCAUGAAAGGCUGAUGCUGCUGUAACUGGUAUUAGUCAACUUAUCAUGAAGUCACUGUUGUUUUAGCAAGGGUGGCUAAGAGAGCAUUUUUUAAGUGCUGAAGGCUAGAAGUCUGAUAUUGUAAAUACACAGUGUGUAAACACUUCCCUGAAGGGAACGAUGUGAAUUCCUUAAUGUCUUGUUCCUUAAACUAGGAAGCGUGGAUCGAGUGCACACUCGACUAGAUGAGGAAUUGUGUGUGUGUGUGCGUGCAUGACGUAUUCACUGAAAUAUAGUGCUGCUAAAGCUGAUAUAUAAGGUAUUAUGUCACAGUAUUUGGAUUUUUAAAAAAGUAUUAAUGAAUGAUCACUUCAUGGAAGUGUGUAGAAAAGUAAACAACCUGCUAUCUUGGUCGGUAGCUUCCUAAGUGUUUAACUUGUCAAAUGAUUAUAUAAUGGACCUGAGCUCAUUUUGACCUUAUUAUUUACCCAAACAGUCACCUAGUGUGCAGUUGUGUAAGUCCGUAGGCAUGUGUUGUGUGGUCUAGUUUCAGAAUGUUGUUUGUUCUCUGUCUUAUCACCUUAAAUAUGUGGCUCUAGUACUGUCAGUGUGACAGUAUUGGAUUUAUUUACACUGAAUUAAAUAAAAGUGACCUUUGGAUUCAA